AAACUACCACAGACUUGCUUGGACCGCGGCAGUUUUUUUUCUUUUGACAGCGGAAAUGAGCAGUAGCCUCUUUUUUUCCGCGUCAAGUUCAUGGCUGAAAGUUUCUUUUCCUAUUUUUUCGCCGAGGACCAGUCGCAUGCGGUCAACAUGAGCGAGAAAACAGCGACCUUUUCGGCGUGCUGCUCUUGCUCGGAUGUCCACUUAUAUCUGCUCUUCACCGACGUCGCCUAGACUUACUUUUGAUGCUUCUCAACACAUUUCCGUUAUGCGAAGUCCAACUUGGUGGUUAGUCGACGUGCUGCGGUGGGUGCCCGUCCGAGAUAACGGAGAACAAGUGACUCUCAUCCAGUUUGGUUACUGCAAUGAAUGGUAACACUAUCCAUCCAGUCAACACCACUUUAGCUGAAGGUCCAAGUGUAGCAGCGCCCCCAAGAGGCUGGAGGGAGUUCUGCGAGCUUCAUGCCUUUGCCACAGCCCGGCAACUGGCCGGACAUUAUCGGAGCUUCGCUAGAGAGCAUCCGCAACAUGACGUGGUCCCACCAGAGGCUUUUUCCAAGCAGUUCACAGACCUUUUUCAGCAGCACUUCUGCUGCGAAGUUGACAAAGAUAGCCUUCCAUUUAUCCCGAAUACACAAUGCUCUGCCAGUGCUGCUUCCACGUCUUCUCUGGGCUCCGCUCUUCCAUCACACACUGUGAUCAGCCGAUUUCGGAUCACAAAUUUACCGGAAACGCAGGACUAUCGAGAGGCAGGCCGUCCAAGUGGAGGAACCGCUUUGCUAUCACUCGCACCAAAAGUGGAGUCAGUGGUGCGAAGCCGGGAGCAAGAACAGCCGCUGAGAUAUGCUGCAGGAAGCACCUUCACCGGAUCACGAAGUAUCAGCAGUACAACACCACUGAUUCGUAGCCAUAGCAACGAAGAGAUCUCCAGUACUGAUAGGCAUCAGGUGUCUGAGCAUUACUCCUCUGACUCAUUGGCGUCAAGCGUAGGACGCGCCAGCGUCACUCAUUUCUCUUUCACCCAAAUCCAGCAGACUGUAAGACAUUUUUUUAAGAAAAGACCCAUUCCCAGCCCCCGCUCUUCUCAGGACCUGUCUCCAAGCAACCCCAUCAACAACAACAAUCCCACAAUCCGUAGUGACAGAGUGAGUGGAAUUUCCUCUGCUACCGAGGGAGUGUCAUCUUCAUCCUCCUCUUCCCUCUCGUCCUGCCAGAACUUUGAGGUCACACCCCAGGCUAACUCACAACGGCCCGGAGUGUUCUGUCAGUUCCUAGACCGAUUGAGCUGGUUACGCAGCAGGAGCAUCAGGCAAAGGAGGUCAGAAGUAAGGGGCUGCUGUAAGGAGGGCCAGCUCAAGUACUUGGUGGUGGAUGACACUAUCUCAGACUCUCAGCCCCACUGGCAACGCUGCCGCCUGCUGGUCAGGAGGAUCAGGGACUCUCCAAGUGGAGGCGUAAGAGGAGGAGGCGAGAGAUAUCAGUUGGAGCUCUACGAUCCUCCAAAGGCCUCCAGUCCAAAGCUGACGACUCACUGCUCCGAUAUCCAAGAAGUCCGCCGCUGCAAUCGGCUGGAGAUGCCCGACAACAUCAACACGUUUGUUUUAAAGGUUAAUCGAGGUAGUCUGAUUUUUGAGACGGACAACGACCAGCAGGUCAGCUCCUGGACCACAGAACUGAAAGAAUGUAUCAGCAACAGGCCAGCCAGUGUGAACGUGGAGCCCGCCCUCUCCCAAGCUGAAAGCUCUGUUCCCACAAACCUUUGCAGGAGUUCAGAAUCAGGAAAUCCAAGUCCCGUCGUAUUCUCUCUGCCAGAGCAAGCCCUCCAAAAGACAGACCACUUCCUGUUCUCCUACCCCUGGUUCCAUGGACCCAUCUCCCGCGUCAAGGCCGCCCACCUGGUCCAGAGCUGGGGCCCGCAGGGUCACGGGGUGUUCCUGGUUCGGCAGAGCGAGACUCGGCGGGGAGACUACGUCCUAACGUUUAACUACCAGGGAAAAGCCAAGCACCUGCGCCUCUCGCUGUCUGAGUGGGGUCAGUGCAGGGUGCAGCACCUGCGCUUCCCCUCCGUCGUGGACAUGCUCAGCCAUUUCCGGAUCUUCCCGAUCCCGCUGGAGUGCGGAGCUGCCUGUGCCGUCACGCUGUCCAGCUUUGUUGUGGCGAGCUCCAGUCCCCCGUCGCAAGGUCAGCUUUCCGGCGCUCUCCUCGUCCCGUUCUCGCUCCAUCGUUGGAGCUCGGAGCCCAGCUUGGCUCACUGCAGCCUGACCCGCAGCUCCAGCCAGCCCGCCGCCGCCGCCCGCUCCUCCACGCGCACCAGCAACUCCACCCCCAGCUCCGCCCACCACCCGGAGCGCCACCAGCUUCCGCACUCCGCUCCCGCUCCUCCCGAACCGGCGCCUCCACUUCUGAGACGGAGCGAGUCCGUGGGAAGGAGGCCCCUCCUCCGCCACUCCCACACUCCCAUCAUUCCCCAGCGGGACUCGGACUACGAGCUGGAGCCCGACCGAGGGCGCAAGCGGGCGAUAGACAACCAAUACACCAUGAUGUGACCCCGCCCACUCCAGCAGCCUCCGUUCGAAGCGGCACAGGCGCUGCGCGUGCACGCCAGACCCCCCAACCUCAACAAGAGUGUCCACAAUGAAUGUAUUUCUGCAGUUUCAGCUGUGUUGACUUUAACCUCCUGAUGUCAGACUCACGCCGUCUUCAGCAGGACAGAUUCUGUUCUGGAGGUUUCCUCUGAGGUGUGCAAAAACAAAAGUACUCUGGCACAAAGUGUGUGAGUUUCUACACAACCAGCAGCAACCUGUUCGAGGUUGAUUACCUUUCUCUUCAUGCAUUUUCACCUCAAGUGCACGUUGCUUUCAGUGCACCUUGUGAGCAUGCCACAUCUUCGGUGAAAAGAUGUAGUGAGGUCAGGUGGGAUUUGGAGGUGCAGACCGCGCUCCUUCUAAACACUGUAGCUGCGUUUCCAUUACACAUGUGCGCAAAACUUUAUCAAAAUUCUAGAGAUGACGAAAAAACACAAUUUCGCAAAGAUAAUAAGUCAUUAAAACACGGCGAUGGAAGAGAACAAGUAUUGUUUUUUUACUUUGUUCACUAAAAAGGAGCAUUUGGGUGACGUCAGCGCAAUGUGGCGCGCUAGUCCGCUGGUAGUCGCAGAUAAACGUGAAAAGCUUGUUCAAAAAUAACAUCCCAACAAGUAAGUUAGUUUCCUGUUUGAAAACACAAGCACUCAUCCUCGUCUGUCAAAGGAGACGUCUGCGACUUAUUCAGGCUGCAGGUGAAGCGAUGAGGAAAUCUGGGCUGGUGAUUUUACGGAGGAGCUGUACGACUCCGUAUGACACCCAGCUUGAGUCGUGACCCUGUGGGAGCUCUUGUGGCGCCCGCUGUGGAGCGCUCAGGGAGACACGGGGAGAAAAUUCCAAUUUGCGCAAUUUCAUAGUUAAUGGAAACGCAGCUUGUGGCAGAAGCACAGCCUUUUUUAUCAGCUGCAUGUGUGAUGUGUGUUGAUGUGUGUGUUGAGGUGGAUGUGAGGGAAGACCAGCAGAAGCAGACGCCUCCACGUGCACAAAGUCAGCUGAUGAGACAACCAGCAAACACAACCAAAGAAUGAGGGUUUUUUACCGUCUGUGUCCCACACGCCGUUCAUCACUGAGCAAAGUGGUGCUGGUUUUGUGCACAGGAGAACCUGACAUGAACUGAGGAGCAUCGACCCUCCAAAGGGCUUUAAACAGCAGCUGACAUGUGAGAACGUCCAGCUCCUCGUCCCCGGCAGUCGCCUCAUCUUUCUAGCUUUACUUUUUACAAUCAUAGCAUUAAUUUUUUGUAUUAAGUUCUGACUUCACCACGAGUCCCUUCUGUUUCCAGGGGCUGUGAAGUUGAUGUUCUCACACUAUAUGUAUGUUGAUCUCGUGUAUUUGUAAUGUUCGGCAUGAAUCUCAGCGAUCAUGAAAAGGUGCCUUUAACACGUUUGAAGCUGCACUGACAAACCUCACCUCAGGACUGCAUUUCCGUGCUCUGACCUGAAUUGGAGAACAAAAAAAGAGGCCUUUCGUCCAGCUCCUGCUUCGUCUGUUGUGGUUUAUCCAAGCGAACCUGAUCCGAACAGAACCUGAGCUCCGUUUCUUUCAGUAGCAGCUUGAUGCUUUUGGGUGUGCGAGAAAGAUUUAUCUCCUAACUUUGCUUGAACACUAACUUAAGCAGAAGAAGUCCCAUCCACUUAGGUUGUAAUUUUUUUAAAGAAUUAUCUGCCACCUGAGUUCCUCUUGAAUAGUAAGUACAUCGCUGCCUUAAAGUCCUCUUUUUCUACUAAAGUUUUUUUUUUAAUGACAAUGGUUGUUUUGUUUCUGACAUCUUUAAAGGGGAACAAAAACAAGAAUGUUUUUGGCAAAAGUACGGUUGGUCCUCCAUUAAACGCGUCUUUCAUUUUUGCUUUUGAUUUCUGCUAAACGGUAACAAAGCUGUCGUUCGCCUCCGCCUCCUCUCCUGUGCAGGACGCUUUUUCUUUUCGUCUGGGAGAGUGACUGUGCUUUUGCCAGAAAGCUGCUGUUGACUUUCCCCCUUUUCCAAAAGGCUCAGGGUGUA